AUGGCCUCCGCCCCGGCGGCGUCUUCGGCAGACGCAAAGAAGGACAAGCCCUCUUUUGCAAAGGUAUUUCGCCCCCGUGACGCAACCACCUUUCAAGGAUCUCGGCUGACUUGGGUACAGAUCGCCGCAGCCGGUAUUAAGCCUCCGAAUGUUCAGCAGAAUCCCCCCACUUCUUCUCCCAACACCAACCAGAAACAUGAAGUACUACCUUCUCCGCCGCAAGACGGCGCCCCCAUUGUCGCUCCUUCAAACGGACCCAGCCAGACCGCUGGUGGGCCUAGGCAUAAGAAACUUGUGCAACUUGCUUCCAAUGACAUGAAACAUACAAAAGAGCCGGUCGAGAUGGGUCCUAAUGGACCGGAGGUGCGAGUGCAGAUUGUGGAGUCGGUGCCCCAGCGGCCGCGAGAGCCUGCGCCGGAAGGGUCACUCAUGCCCUCGUCAGAUGAUGUCGGCACACAGGUCUCCUCGUCGAGCGGGUCUAACAAACCUCAAAGCUUGGACGGGAAGAGUGACGUCGCGUCUGGGACUACAUUCGCCUUGGAUGAGAAGGACUCAUUGCGGCCGGAUGAUAGCGCCAGUGUGAAGGCCGUGGAUGAAGAGGAUAUGUUUUCGCCUCCUGGGUCUGGGCUUCCUGGAUCUCGAAUAGGAUCUGAUGAUGGCGUGCGCGCAUUCAGGGACCAGCUUCGAGAGAUCUCGUCCAUGGAGCCUCAGCGCAGAGGGCCGCCUCCCAUCUUUGGGCAUGCGCCGAAGGGUGUUCUAUACGUACCACCACAAGGUCCUGGCAUUGGCUCUGUGCCCAGUGCCCAUCAAGCAGGGCCUCCUCCACCGGAACCGGUCGUUGACUGCGCUCCCGAUCAGAAGCUGCUCGACGCGUUGGAGAACCCGCGCGAUCGAGUGUGGGUGUUGAAGUUGGAGCAGGACGUUAUUGAUUUCGUCAAAGACCCGAAAGAGUCUUCCCUGACGCUUCCACAAUGCCACGCAUUUUACAGACUAUUGGCGCACAAGAUGGCUGAUUACUACAUGCUUGGACACCUCGUCGACGAUACCUCAGCUGCAGUGCGUCUGUACAAGACGCCUGACUGCCGAAUCCCACCACCACUUACCGGCAUCACUCAACCCUCCACUGCUGCGAGCACGCCUCCUCCUUCGGCUCAGCCGAUGAAGAUCUUGAAACGGGGAGCUGACAGGCCUGCUAUUGCAAACGGCUCCAACAUGCAAUCAAAGAGUGGAUCCGAGAAUGGCGAUAGUGGUGAUGAGAAGAAGAAGGGGCCUAUCACUCGUGAAGAGAGAGAAGCGAGGUAUGAGGCAGCACGGUUGCGGAUUAUGGGCUCUGCGAAGCCAACCGAGUCGCCGGAGACGAGCAAAGACAAGCAAGAGUCGCGACCGAGCUCUACGACUGGCAAGAAGAAUAAGAAGAAAGCUCGAGCGGAUAGUGACGAUGGUUUCGAUCCCCGUUCGGCUUACAGCAAUUUCUACACGCCGACGUAUGGUUCAGACGGAGUUACCACGCCUUCGUAUGGCUACCAAGGCUAUUCAGAGAGCGGAAACAACCCUUUCCCCAGCGCCUACGCUCCUCAGGGUGGCACAGGCAGUAUGCAACAGAUGCAACUUCAACAAAGUUCAAGCAAUCCGAACUGGAACCAGCAGUCCUACCAACAAGUUGACCCCACGCAAGCAUGGGCACAAGGGCAAUCCAGCGGAUACGAUCUCUCGGCAGAUUUCCAGCGAUCGAUGACUUUCCAGAAUCAAAUGCCGGCACAGAGCCCAAGUGUUGGUUAUAAUGCGAAUUAUGGUCCGCAAUACAAUUACGGUGGACAGCAGCAGGGGUGGUCUCAGCAACAGCAACAGCAGCCGCCGCCGCAAUAUCAAAUUCAGCCUAUAGUCUCCCAGGCUGGCUACGGCUACGGCUUGACAUACACCCCAACGACGAGUCAAUCACCGCACGAUCAGCCAUACGCGUUUGGGCAACUGCCAAGCCAGGCAUUCCCCGGCCGGCCACCCAGCAAGUCCGAGCAUCCCUUGCCUGGCAGUUACAAGAGUAAGCAUUUCAACCCACAAAGUCAGACCUUCAUCCCUGGGCAGACCAACGGUGGUAGCCCGUUCUCUCCACAUGCAGUGCCGGCGGGAUUUCACCAAGGCUACGGUGGGCAACUUCCUCAGCGCCAGAACUCGGCACAAUCUCAAGGCUCUGCUUUUGGUUCUCCGCAUCAUCAUAACUCGCCCAAUAUGAUGCAGAAUCGGACGCACUCGACGCCUCUCACGCAUCCACUGCCGCAGCCGGUGUUCCCACGCCAACCAUCACCCAAUGUACCUCUCCCCCCAAAGCCCGGCACAGCACCACAUCGAGCGAACGAAUACGCACCGAUCCCACCACCCGCAACCACAAUCCCACCCCAACAGCACAGCCAGAGUCUCCUCGCGAAAUGGGGCGCUCCCGCAUCACUCCCCGCCAAACCACCGCCCUCAGCCGAACCCUUCGAUGCAGUGAAGCUUAAGCAGAUUCAACAGCAAUCGUUCGUCAGUCCAGCUGCCACGGCGCGGCAUCCACCUGGGUUGCCGGCGUUUGGGACCAUGCCGCAGAACGGCGGGAGUCAGAUUGUGAAUGGGUCGAAGAGGGGAUGA